UGUCAGGAGUAUUGAAAAAAGAGGGUGUUGAUCGAUAAUCGUAGAAGAGUGAAAAACUAAUAAGUUUAUCUUUAAUUGGGAGUUUUAAUUAAUUUAAUUUGCCAAGAACAGGUAGAAAGCACUUUUCCCAAAAUGAUUGGUGGAUUAUUUGUGUAUAAUCACAAAGGGGAGGUGUUAAUUAGUCGUGUGUAUCGUGAUGAUAUUGGUCGUAAUGCAGUCGACGCUUUCCGUGUCAACGUCAUCCAUGCAAGGCAGCAAGUGCGUUCCCCGGUAACGAAUAUCGCACGAACCAGCUUUUUCCAUAUCAAGCGUGCCAACAUUUGGCUGGCUGCAGUUACGAAGCAAAAUGUGAACGCAGCAAUGGUGUUUGAAUUCCUAUUGAAAAUAAUCGAAGUGAUGCAGUCAUACUUUGGUAAAAUUUCUGAGGAAAACAUCAAGAACAAUUUCGUUCUAAUUUAUGAACUGCUCGAUGAGAUACUCGACUUCGGCUAUCCGCAGAACACGGACUCGGGCACGCUGAAGACGUUCAUCACGCAACAGGGUAUCAAAUCAGCCACCAAGGAGGAACAAAUGCAAAUCACCUCACAAGUAACCGGCCAGAUUGGUUGGCGGCGUGAAGGAAUAAAAUACCGUCGCAAUGAACUUUUCCUCGACGUGUUAGAGUACGUGAAUCUGCUGAUGAGUCCACAAGGGCAAGUGCUUUCAGCCCACGUUGCUGGAAAAGUGGUUAUGAAAUCUUACCUUUCGGGUAUGCCUGAAUGUAAAUUUGGUAUUAACGAUAAAAUCGUUAUGGAGUCAAAGGGUCGCGGCAUUGGUGGCAAUUCCGAAGCGGAAACCUCGCGUUCUGGCAAGCCUGUUGUCGUAAUCGAUGAUUGUCAGUUCCAUCAAUGCGUUAAAUUAAGCAAGUUCGAAACAGAGCACUCCAUUAGUUUUAUUCCACCUGAUGGAGAAUUUGAGCUCAUGCGCUAUCGUACCACCAAAGAUAUAUCAUUGCCAUUCCGUGUUAUACCACUCGUUCGGGAAGUAGGACGUACCAAAAUGGAAGUAAAAGUAGUCCUGAAAUCGAAUUUCAAACCCUCACUAUUGGGUCAGAAAAUUGAGGUAAAAAUCCCAACACCAUUGAAUACUUCCGGGGUGCAGUUGAUCUGCUUGAAGGGUAAAGCCAAAUAUAAAGCUUCGGAUAAUGCAAUUGUUUGGAAAAUAAAACGUAUGGCCGGCAUGAAAGAAACUCAAUUAUCGGCUGAAAUUGAAUUGCUAGAGACAGAUACUAAAAAGAAAUGGACACGCCCACCAAUUUCAAUGAAUUUCGAAGUACCAUUUGCGCCAUCUGGCUUUAAAGUUCGCUAUCUGAAAGUCUUUGAACCAAAGCUCAACUAUUCUGAUCACGAUGUUGUGAAAUGGGUACGUUAUAUUGGACGUAGCGGCCUCUACGAAACUCGCUGUUAAGCCGAAUUCACAGUGAGGGCGAUUAGAAGAAUAAUGAAUUUUACAAUUGGUAUUCUCAAUCAAAUUGAACACGUUAUAUUCCACACUAGUUCUGUAAUGUACAUUCAUCAUUAUCUACAUACAUACAUAUGUAUAUGCAUAUUAAUUAUAUUAUUUAACCAAAAAUGCUAUCAUAAUCUAAUUUUGUAUCGCUGCACUUGGCACAGCCGUAUGUAUAUUCCUAAAACUUUAUAUAUUUUAUGAUUAAAACUUUUAUAUUUUUAUUUUUCACAUAUAAUAUAAACGCCAACUUUAAAAGCGUUUCCUUAACGAACAAACUUGGUAAAUGUUGGACGACUGAAGAUGUUGCAAUCUAUCUUGUCGAAAUUCCUUUUAAGUAUAUUUUUGAUUAAUGUUGCUUAUUCAAUUCAACAUACUUAAAUGAAAAUUACUCUGAGGUAUAAUCUAAACAGUAUAUAAUAACAUAAUACUCGAAAAGACAACACUACAUAGAAUGCAUAAGCAUAUAUGUAGCAACCAUUGAAAGAGAAUAAGAAAAUCGAAUUUCGGCAUGAAACAUUUACAUCCUGUGUAUAUGGCGCACUUAAAGUGGAGCGUAGAGAAAUGUGCUGGCAAAGCUAUACACAAAAUUGUCUUUUUUUCAUAUUAGUACAAUCUUGUAAUCCCAAAAAUGUUUUCUAUUUGUCAAACUUUUCAACAACCAAUUAAAGCAAUUUGAAUGUUAUUGCUAUUACUCUCUGUUGUAUAAGUAUAAACAUUUAGACAUAAGAUAAUAAAUAUUUAUGUAUGAAUAAAUCAAGUACACAAAACUCGAA